AUGAACCGUCUCGUCUGGGCCUCCACCACCCGCUCUCUCGCUCGCCCAGCAUGUCGCCGCUCAGCCUUGCAGUCGUUCGUGGAACAGCGCAGAAACGCGUCUCACUACAAUGCAGACAUCGCCGGCCUCAGCGAGGAGCAGGCAGAGUUCCGGGACGCAGUGGCGGAUUUUGCGGAACGUGAGGUCGCCCCGAGGGCAGCUGAGAUCGACAGGAGCAAUAACUUCCCGACUGACUUGUGGGAGAAGCUGGGAGAUAUGGGCCUCCUGGGUAUCACCGUCGCACCGGAGUAUGGCGGACUCUCUCUUGGAUAUUUUAACCAUACUCUUGCUAUGGAAGAGCUCUCCCGUGCAUCAGGCUCUGUCGCACUCUCUUACGGUGCACACUCAAAUCUUUGCGUGAACCAGAUUCAUAGAUGGGGCACGGACGCGCAGAAAGCGAAAUACCUACCAGACUUGAUAUCAGGCAAAAAGGUUGGCAGUUUGGCUAUGAGCGAGCCAGGAAGCGGCAGCGACGUCGUGAGCAUGAAGCUCAAGGCGGACAAAGUCGAUGGGGGCUGGAUUCUCAACGGAAACAAGUUCUGGAUCACCAAUGGCCCUACUGCAUCAACAUUGGUCGUGUACGCCAAGACAGCGCCAGAAAAGGCCUCGCGAGGGAUAACCGCAUUCAUCAUCGAGCGCGGGUUCUCCGGAUUCUCCACGCAUCAAAAACUGGACAAACUCGGAAUGAGGGGCAGCGAUACGUGCGAGCUCGUCUUUGAAGAGUGCUUCGUACCAGAGGAAAACAUCCUCGGGAAACUUAACGGAGGAGUUGAGGUGCUCAUGUCCGGCCUCGACCUCGAGCGCCUCGUACUCUCCGGAGGUCCCCUCGGGCUGAUGCAGGCGGCGUUCGAUUAUUCCAUCGAUUACAUCCACGAACGUAAACAAUUUGACAAGCCUGUCGGGACGUUCCAGCUGAUGCAAGGGAAGAUCGCGGAUAUGUACACGAAGCUGAAUGCUUCUAGGUCGUAUGUAUACGCGGUGGCGAAAAUGUGUGACGCAGGCAAAGUCAGCCGGCGGGACUGCGCGGGCGCACUCAUGUACGCUUCCGAUCGUGCUGUCGAAGUCUCUCUCGAGGCCAUGCAAUGCCUAGGGGGGAACGGGUAUAUCAAUGACUAUCCCACCGGCCGUUUCUUGCGCGAUUCGCGCCUAUACACUGUGGGCGCGGGCACGCAGGAAAUCAGGCGGAUGCUUAUCGGACGCGAGUUCAACGACGAGUUCAAACGGCGCGCAUCGUAA